AUUUUUCGAGUUUACUGUCUCUCAAUCCACAGUUAAGGAUUAAAUCCCACCGAUUUUUCUGAGUCAUACUGGUACGUUUAAACGACUGCCUUCUGUUAUCCGCCGCUGUUGCUUAUGUUUUCUCUGCUUGAACAUUUUGUCAAUCCAGAAUGUUUUCUUUUCGUAUAGGGCUCUGGUACUAACCAGUAAUUUCUUGUGGUAAAUUAUAGCCUUGCAAAUCUUGUUUUUUCUAACAGUGGAUAAAAUUCACGUGCUUAAAUCUAUUUUCGCGUUUGAUUGUUCUAGAACUACUCACAAAUGUCAGAGUUUAUUAUUCCCGUCGCAAAAGCAGAUUUACUGAAGCGUUCUGUUUCCAAUGCUUAUGUCGUAAACGACGUAAUUUCCGUGAGGAAUUUGAGAAAUUAUCUUCCAAAGUCUCAGCGAUCUCUCACAAGUGAAGGCUUCACCUACAUAUUACACGAGUUCGAUACUUUGUUCUGCGUGUUGCAUGAGUGGCAGAACGUUGACUCAGGAAUUAAGGAGAAUGCUUGGCACAUAGUUCUUAAAGGAUAUGAAGUUUGUGUACGUCAAUUGGGUUCAGCGCUUGAAUCUACACAAACUGGGCAGUCAGUUCUUAAUCGAACUGAAAUGAAUACACAUCGAAAUGCAUUGAAAAUGCAUACAUAUCUACUAUGUCAGUUUGUUGAUAUGUUUGAAAACGAACUAAAUGCUAAUGCCAAAUCUGCUGUAGGCGCUAAUGCUGGACGUGGUAGAGGAGCAAAAGGUGGUCGUCGAGGUGAUCGUGGACCGUCUGAUUUACAAUUAUGCAUGGAUUGGUUUAUAGAAUGCGAAAAGGCAGUCAGUGCUCUCGACCAAAUUUGUCGUUUAAAAUUGGAUAAACUUUGGGAUCCCCCAGUAGCUGAAGAGGAUUUCAUUAACUUACCAGCUAAUUGCUGUUACAAAUUGCUUGAAGAUCGUGAUAUGGCUAGUAAUGCUAAUAUACGCGCUGCAGUGACCAGUCUGUUGGCCACCUUAGUUCGUCGUUAUGGUCAUAGUAUUGCAUGUUCUGUUAAAUUAGCUCAAUUAUUACAAUGUUUCCCGCAUAUGGUCAAUUGCCUUAUGGCUAUUGUAAGAUCUUUUAUUGAAGAUGAAAAACUAACUGGUGUUGUUCGUGAACUAUUAAAAGAGAUAUGUAGCUACAAUGGAGCAGAUUUAGAGCGUGAUUCACAAGCUUCUCAAAAUUUUUCCAAUUUUUUAUUGGAAGUAGCUCGAACCUAUCCUACUCUUGCUCAAUCAAUCCUACCAUUACUUCGUUGUAGACUUGAUGAAGAACCAUAUCAAAUGAGAAAUUGUGUUUUAGGGUUAUUGGAGAAAUAG